UUCAGCAGGGCUUCUUUAUCUGCCUAACAAACUCUUUAAUGGUUCUGUUGCUUUUCCGGAAGAAAGUGUGGUUUGUCUCCAAACAAUAUACCAUUUGAGAAGGACUAAGGAACGCAGGAAUGGGUACAGCAAACUCCCGGACACGGGACUUGAUGCGCUCUGGAGUGAUUCCCGAAUCCAGAAAACCCCUCUGGUUUGAUGUCUAUGCUGCUUUCCCCCCACUGAGGGAGCCUGUCUACCGGGAGCUUCGCCCACUCUAUGGUAAAGUGCGGGAAACCGUCCCUGCCAUCUUCUACAAGGAAGAUGAGAUCCGAGCGAAAUUUUAUGAAGCUUAUGGAAGUGGUCCAAAGGCCUUUGACCUGUCCAAAUUAAACUUUAAAUCCACCUGUCAAAGGUUUGUUGAGAAGUACACUGAACUGCAGAAGCAGGGAGAGGUGGAUGAAGACAGACUGUUCGAAGAAACCGGGAAAGCUCUCUUGGCAGAGGGCAUUAUCUUGCGAAGAAAAACGACGGGCCGUGUAACCCAGCAGGUUCCUCAGGAAGACAGCUCCGAGGAUGCUGUGUUGACGAGGCUGCAAAGCAUGCUUCAGGAGAUGCAGGAUGACCCCGAAACCCAGAAGGCCAGACUUGUGGAAGUGCAAAAGGAAGACCCCUUACCAUCCUGAGGGCUGCUGUAAUGGAAUUGUGUGCACCACACAAGCCUUUUGGUUGAAAGACUUGGGCUUUCUUGCCUGAUGGAGGUGCUCUGUCCACCUCCGCAUUUCUUGUUGUGCAAAAGUUUUGAAUGUUUGUCUAGUUUGGAAGAACAAUAACAACUAUCUUCUUGUGACGUGU